UAUAAUUUAACAACCCUGUAUAUAUGGAAGCAAGAAAAGAAACUUAUUAUUUUCUAGUUUAUAAUAUAUAACUAUCUGCUUUAUUUGUUAGGGGAUGGUAGAGUCAUUGAGCUCUAUGACAGCUCAUUGGGUAGAAUAGAUGUGAAAACGUAUAUUUCGUAGAUUCAAGAUAAUCUAAUCUAAUUAGAAUUAUAAAAUACAAGAUAUAAAGAAUUUCAUUAUAGAGAAGCAACAUUAUAUCACGUUUAUAUGCAUUCUAAUUAUAGUACUCUUUUUGUAGAAUACCAAAGUUAUUUCAAUGGCCACGCCUAAAUUUCUCUCGUAUUAAAGCGCCUCCCCACCCUUUCUUUUUCAUUUUUACACAGUAGUUCCAAUAGUUCCAAUAUCUUUUCCUGUACAGUCAGCGCAAUAUCUUUAUUAUCUUCCAUUUUUGCUCGAUGUAUCUACCAUUAUAGUUUACUUGUUAAACAUUAGUGUAGCUCUACUUAUCGUGACAAUAAUAGAAAAGUUACGAAUAGAAUAACAAAUUCAGAUAACCUAUUAUUCAUUUCAUUCAGCAAAUAACAUGUUAAGACAGGCGGUAAUCUCGUAUUCUGUCACAAUACGGCGCCUGUUAGCUUGAAAUUUGUUUUCGGGUCGUUCUCAGUUCUCGGUAACGUCUAAAGACGCCACGCAGUCACGUCAAGUUCCUCUUAAUUUUCGAUCGAAUUAUUGCGAAAAAAUGUCUAGUGAAAGCGUGAAAACGUUUGCUAGCCUUGAAACUCCUGGAUAUGUGGGAUUUGCAAACCUACCUAAUCAAGUACAUAGAAAAUCAGUGAAAAAAGGAUUUGAAUUUACACUUAUGGUUGUCGGAGAAUCUGGUCUUGGGAAAUCUACAUUAGUCAAUAGUUUAUUUCUUACAGAUUUAUACCCAGAACGUGUUAUUCCUGAUGCUAUAGAAAAAACUAAUCAAACAGUUAAACUCGAUGCAUCUACUGUGGAGAUUGAAGAAAGAGGUGUUAAGCUUAGAUUGACUGUUGUUGAUACUCCCGGUUAUGGAGAUGCGAUUGACAAUACAGACAGUUUUAGAGCUAUUAUACAGUACAUAGAUGAUCAAUUUGAAAGAUUUUUACGUGAUGAAAGUGGUUUAAAUAGAAGAAAUAUAGUAGACAAUAGAAUACACUGCUGUUUCUACUUUAUCUCACCAUUUGGACACGGAUUGAAACCUCUAGACAUAGAAUUUAUGAAGCAACUCCAUAAUAAAGUUAACAUUGUGCCUGUAAUUGCAAAAGCUGAUGUACUUACAAAGAAGGAAGUGUUACGUCUGAAAAAACGAGUUAUGGAAGAAAUCGAGGGUAGUGGUAUAAAGAUCUAUCCUUUACCAGAUUGUGACAGUGACGAAGAUGAAGAUUAUAAGGAACAAGUAAGACAACUGAAGGAGGCUGUUCCAUUUGCUGUAUGUGGAGCAAAUACUUUAUUAGAAGUUAAGGGGAGAAAAGUACGCGGACGAUUAUAUCCAUGGGGAGUAGUAGAAGUUGAAAAUCCUGACCAUUGUGAUUUUAUUAAAUUAAGGACAAUGCUGAUCACACACAUGCAGGAUUUGCAAGAAGUGACCCAAGAUGUACAUUAUGAAAAUUACCGUAGUGAAAGAUUAGCGAAAGGAGCUCCUGUACCGCCUCGAAGACAGCCCGUUCCAGAAUCCGAGAGAACCAAUUCUGUGUCAGAAAAGGAUCGUAUUUUGCAAGAAAAGGAAGCAGAACUGCGACGAAUGCAGGAACUUGUGGCAGUGAUGCAAGCUCAAAUGCAACAGCAACAACCUUAAUUAUGUACGUCCUGAGCACAAAUGAUGUGCGAAGAGAAAUAUAUUCUUCGCCAUUACAGGUGCCAAAAAGUAUAUUGAAUAGCUACCAUGCUACUCAAAACUAAUUCCAAAAGAAGUUAUUAUUACGUUUAAGAAUUCAUUUUCUACGAGCGUAUUUGUAAAACAUACGUUCUUUAUUUACUAGUUUCGAUUUAAUACAAUGGAUCGUAAGCAAAAUUAUUCAAUGUCUUACUAAAAUUUCGAGUAAUAAUAUAAGAGAUUAAUAAUACAGGAAAUUCCAUACAAAUCAGUUACAUUUGACAACCAAUUUGUAAUGCUACGACAUAGAAAAGUGUGAUAAGUGCCUUGCAUAUUCAUUUUUGAAAGAACAAUUUAUAGUCUUAAUUUCUAAAAUACAGAUGUCAAAAAUAGGACAAUUCAUAUUUUAUGAACUAUGACGUGGUAGUGAAAUAGAGAGUACAUGACAUUUUACGUAAAUAAUAUAAAUUUUUGGAAGCACACAAUUUGCAUAUCGUCUAAUGUCUAAUAUAUAUUUUUUUAUACAAAAGGUCUUAAGACUGCCAAUAAUCAAACUUCCUAAUCAUUUGGACUAAUCAGAAACCAAAAAUUUAUUUUUUUCUGUGAUAAGCAGUGUUAGAUAGAAAACGUAAUUUCGUUUAUGCUUUUGCAAUAUGUAAAGUAUUAUACUCAAAUGGCAUUUAUAUUUUACUUUUACUUAAUAGUAUAUAUUAUUAGUUCUCAUUUAAUCUAUUCUACGAUUUGCAUUCAGGAAAAGACUUACGCAAAUUAAUUAAUACUAAUAAUUGAUCGAGAUUGAAAAAGGAAAAGAGAUUCGUAAGUGAAAUGAAUAUCUAUGUGUUGCGUGAAUUUAUUUCUUAAAUAUUGUACUUAUUUGUACGCAUAUUCUACAUUAUGACGUCCUCGCGCUUUUAUAUGUAUUGUACAGGUAUACUCAGAAUAUGUUUUAUACUCUUUUAUACAAAUAUACCUGCUAUAAAUAAUAACA